GUGCUGUUUAUUUAUGAAUGCUUACAGAAAGAAAACAUUCUAAGAAAACUCCAGGAAGCAGUGUGGAAAUCACAGUAAGUUAUUCUACGCUGCUGCCCCUCAGCUUACAAGUGAUGUAUCCCAGGUGCUGGUGAGGCGUCUAAACUAGAGUGCUGUCUAAGCCCUCCACAGGUGGAGCACAAGCUAACUCAAGUCCUGGGCCCUGUGGAGUGCACCUGGGCUUCCUGUGCCUUCCUCACACUGGCCUCUCUACCCUAUCCCGCCCUUCUUAAGAGGGUUGGUGACCUGGGCCCAAGCUCCAAAUGCUCAGGAGCCCAACUGAAGCCUGGGGAAGGCAGAGGACAGUUCAGAAUCGGAUUCUGACAUGAUCUGGCUUGAGAUCUAUCAGGAGGGGCAGCUCUUCAUCUGUUCUGUAGGAUGAGAUCUUCCAGAUUUCUCAGCCUGGGAGAAUCAUUAUUUCCUAAGAUUUGAAUGCUAUGCAGAUAAGAAGAAAAAAUAAUUACCAAAAGUGAACAACUGGGCUGGGGGGAGAUGUUCUUUCUGACUCUUGAGGCUCAGGAGCGGGGUGCCCGGGCCACCCAUCCUACCUUUCCAAAGUGGGUAGGGAGGGAAAAGUGCCUAAUUCUGAGAAGGUUGCCCACACAGCUCAAGGGAAGGCCCAGUGACCUCUGCACCAGAAAACACUCGAAAGAGAAGGGACAGAAAGGGAACCUACUCUAGGGACGUCAUCAAGAAAGACUGCCAAGGACAAAAUAAAUGUGACCCAAGACCAGUGAAAUUCCUCACGGGGAAGCCAUUCCUCUUGUUCCACUUGUGGCACUGGCAACCAAACCCUGGGCCUUGUACACUGUAGGCCCCAUCCCAAACCUGAGCCUGUAACGUUUAAACUCGUUUCGUUGUUUUGUUUGUGCCAGACUGGGCAUGGGAGUGGGCACCUUUGAUCCCAGCACUUGGGAGACAGAGGCAGGCCGAUGACAGUGAGUUAAAGGCCAGCUGGUUUACAAAGAGAGUGCCAGGGCAGUAGGAGCUACAGAGUGAGACCCUCCAUCAAUUAAUUAGUAAAAACAAAACAUAAAAUAAGUGGAAACGGUAACAACCAUUUAAUAAGCCAACCAACCAACCCUGCCUUUCUCUAAACUUCUGACAAACUCAAGCGACCAGUGGAGCCCCGGCGAGCAGGAGGCCGGGCCGCGGCGCUCACCGACACCCCGUCGCUGUCGGGGGCGGCUCCAGGCUGAGGCCCGCCCCCGGGUGUCCCCCUCGGCCCGGCGCUCCGGCCCCUCCCUGGCCAGCAGAGCUGAGAGCCGGCGACCAUGCACCGCGUCCGGCGGGCCCUGCUGCUGCGGCUGCCGCUCGCCCUGCUGGUGGCCGCGGGGGCCGGGGCGCGAGUGAGCGCGCCGCGGAGCCUGGCGUGGGGCCCGGGGCUGCAGGCCGCCGCCGUCCUGCCCGUGCGCUACUUCUUCCUGCAGUCGGUGGACUCGGACGGCCGGAACCUCACCAGCUCGCCGCCAGGUCAAACACAGUUCAAAGUAGCAGUAAAAUCCCUUUCACCUAGAGAGUCAGCCCGUAUUUAUGUCCCUAAACCUUUGGACAGAAACGAUGGAACAUUUUUGGUGAGGUACAGGAUGCAUGAGACGGUCCAUGAAGGCCUCAGGAUAGAGAUCCUUUAUGGUGGCGAGCAUGUGGCUCAGUCUCCCUACACCCUGAAAGGACCCGUGUACCACGAGUACUGUGACUGUCCAGAAGAGGACCCUCACGUCUGGCAGAAAACUCUGUCCUGUCCGGCCAAGGAACCACAGAUCGAGCAGGAUUUUUCUUCCUUCCCCAGCAUCAGUCUCCAGCAGAUGCUGAAGGAAGUCCCCAAAAGAUUUGGGGACGAGCGGGGUGCUGUUGUUCAUUACACAGUUCUCAAUAACCGCAUCUACCGGAGGUCUUUGGGGAAAUACACAGACUUCAAAAUGUUCUCUGAUGAAAUUUUGCUGUCGCUGGCAAGGAAGGUCACCCUCCCAGAUUUAGAAUUUUAUAUUAACCUGGGAGAUUGGCCGUUGGAGCAUCGAAAGGUCAAUGACACCCCCAGCCCUAUACCUAUCAUUUCGUGGUGUGGCUCCUUGGAUUCAAGGGACAUUAUCCUUCCCACGUAUGAUGUCACCCACUCCACACUUGAAGCAAUGAGGGGUGUCACAAAUGAUCUCCUCUCUGUUCAGGGAAAUACAGGGCCUUCCUGGAUCAAUAAAACAGAGAAAGCUUUCUUCCGAGGUAGAGAUAGCCGGGAAGAGAGGCUGCAGUUGGUACAGCUGUCCAAAGAAAAUCCACAGCUGCUAGAUGCAGGAAUUACAGGAUAUUUCUUUUUCCAAGAGAAAGAAAAAGAGCUUGGAAAAGCCAAGUUGAUGGGUUUCUUUGAUUUCUUUAAGUACAAGUACCAGGUGAAUGUGGAUGGGACUGUGGCCGCAUACAGGUACCCAUACCUCAUGCUUGGGGACAGCCUGGUUCUGAAGCAGGAGUCUCCAUACUAUGAACACUUCUACGGGGCUCUGAAGCCUUGGAAACACUACAUUCCCAUUAAAAGAAACCUCAGUGAUUUACUAGAAAAGGUGAAAUGGGCCAAGGAAAACGAUGAAGAGGCGAAGAAGAUCGCGAAAGAAGGGCAGUUAGCUGCUAGGGACCUGCUCCAGCCGCCCAGGCUUUACUGCUACUAUUAUAGAGUACUGCAGAAAUAUGCUGAGCGCCAGGCCAGCAAGCCCACGGUCCGUGAUGGAAUGGAACCUGUUCCCCAGCCAGAUGACAGCGGGUCCAUUUGCCAGUGCCACAGGAAGCUUCCAGAGAGGGAAGAGCUUUAAAGUGAGCCAGGUCCACACACCUUCGUAUGCCGGCUGCAUCUUUAAGACUUGUGAAAGAUGCUAAGAUGUGAUGAGAAACCAGGCCUGGUGGAUUAGGCUUACAUCUGUAACCCCAGCACUCUGGAGGCAGAGGCGAGAGAAUUCCACUAGUGCAAAGCCCACCUGAGCUACAGAUGAUUUCCAGGCCAGCCCAGACUACCCGGUUGGAUCUUAUCAAAAAGCCAGAAUGAAGAAUAAAUGUAAAGAAAUGCUAAGCAUGUAAUCCCACACUCGGGAGCCUGAGUCGGGAUGAUCAUGAGUUUCAGUAUUACCAAAUACCUUUGAAUAUUCAUUUAUUUUGAGUGAAAACUGCUUAUUUGAGUACCAUAGUGGAUAAAAAAGGCUUCUGAAUCAACUGGCAAUCUGUGAAUGCCACAAUCCCUGAUUUGUUUCUGUAUCAAAGAUUUAAAACAUAACUUUCACUGACUUUUACACUCAGUUAUGAAGAGAAAAGUGUCUGGGAGACUUUUGUUUUCUCCUCACUCUGUAGUUUCUCCUCUUGCAAGCUGCUCUGGAAGCUUGGCGGUGGCAGCCUCCCUUUGGAAGAUCUGAUGAGGCUGGCUAAGGAACAAGUUGCCACUAUUUAAAGUAGCAUGGAGUCUGGAGGAACGUGCCACAUCGUUAAAAUUCUUUCUGCUAGGUUUUUGCCAGGACUUUAGUCAGAAUUAGGAGGAAAUUGUGUCCUACACUGGCAAGUCACAAUCUGUCUUGGUUGUACACCUAUUAAAGACGCCAUACCUAUUGAGGUAGAUGGUGGCAUCCCAGGGGUAUGUAUAUUCUAGGAAUAUAACAAAAAAACAGUUGUCAGUGAGAUCUUUAAUUCUUCUUUUUUUUCUCCAUCCAAGAGACCUUGAAAACUGCUACAGCCAGCGUUAGGAAUCCUCUGUACUCUGCUUCACUAAUAAGCAGAUGACAGAGGCAGGUACUUAUUCCUAGAUCCACAGACCCUCCUCUCUUUCAGUAGGUUGAUUUAACAGCCUAUGGAAGCAUUAAAAUCAAGGUUUUGGAACUUUUCUCCACCUUGUAGGACAGGGUCAGGAUCUAAGUCUCAUACCAUAAAUACAUUUCUAGUUCCUCAGAACAUCAUCAACUCAGCAUGCAGUUUAUGAAAGAAUGCACUCUUAACACAAGAACUACCCACACUCCCAGAGUGAAAGCACUCCCUCAUCUGAAGUCUUCACUUGGCCAUAUCUGUUCUCCUGAAGACCAAGAACACAAGAAUUUAUAUUUUUAACUAGAUCACAGUAGUGUAUCAUCGAGACAAAUAUCCCAUCACCAAUUUAAAGCCUCCCUGUGGGGUAUGAAAUAAAGGACAAGCUGUCCUGAGGCCACACCAUGUGGCCUCUGACUUACAUUGUGCAUAGAGAAUAGGGCUUAUUGAGAUCGGUGUCCGAAAAAAGGCUGCCUCCCUCAUUUUGCCCUCUUUAACCCCAGGUCCAGAAAGCAAAUGGUAGUUUGUUAGAGACACGUUAAGUCUUUUAAAUUGUUGCCUUUGAUGCUGAACAGUCCUCGAAGUUAAAAGCAAGAGACAAACCAGGCAGUUUCUAUUGACUUGUCAGAGCUCCCAUGAUUCUAGCUUAAAGCGCCCCACCUUGGAGCAUUUCACUGAAGACUUGGAAACAUGAGCCUGCAGGGACAUUUCACAUUCAAACUAACAAGUCUAUCAAGAAACCUAGAUAACCCCACAUCUCCCCAAUUUGAGCAUAGCCUUUGAAGUGAGUUUUACAUGGCUUUUUGGUUUAUUAACUUGGAUGUAUCUUGGUGAAACAACCUGGAAUUUUAAGCCCUGAUCCUUUCCCUUUCAACCCACCUAUUAUCCACAUAGGCCAUUAGCCACUUUUAAUACUGAAAUUUUUAUUAAAAUAUAUCUGGCUUUGGAGGCCAUGAAUUAAAAGAAUAGAGGGAAAUACCUGAGGGGGUGGGAGGGAGGAAAGGGGACAAUGAUAAAACUACAUUUCAACUUUAACAAAAAAAAAUUUCAAUCUGACUUUUGAAAAGAGAGAAUUAAUGAUACAAAGAUAAAGUUGUGUUCAUUCAAGUAAACUGUCUACAGUGUUUGUGGCCUCAAACACUGAGUGGCCAUCACCCAUCAAUAGGGCAUUGCCCACGUAGAUGCAGACGAGUGGGGGAACGCAGUACCGCCACGGACAAGAACAAAGCAGUUUUAAUUAUGCAGUAGUGAAAACUUUCUGUGAUGGGUUCAGUGAAAACCAAAGGCUCAGGAUGUAGAACCUGAAAGCAUUUUGCCAAAGACAAAAAGACAAUGGUUGGGUUUAAAGGACAAACUGCCAGUGAUGGGGAAGGUGUAAAGAGAAGGGAAUUUUUGCUUUUUGCUUUAUACCUUUCUAUAAUAUCCAAAUUGUUUUUUUGACUAUGGAUAUAAAUCAGAUUAUAAAUUAAAAUGUCAACAUGGUAAAAGAAUAAAUGCACAGAGGGUAUAAGAAGGAAAAAUGAAUAUUUAUGUUUUCCACAGUUCUAUAUUAAAAACCUAUGUCUAGAAUUUUGUCAUGUGGAUUUAUUAUAUACUUUUUUUUUAAUAAAACAAAUUUUCUUAAUAAAAA